AGCACUGAAUGGCACCGGACUCCACUUCAGACUCCACUUCAGACCCCACUUCAGACCCCACUUCUGACCCCACUUCAGACCCCACUUCUGACCCCACAUCUGACUGAAACAUGCUCCACCCUCGAGCGGCUCUGUGUGGUAGUGUUCUCUGUCAAGUUCGGAAUAUCGUGAGGAGCACUCUACCUGUUCGGAGCUCUACACCAUGCUAUGGACCAAAUCAUGCCAGACACCUGAGUUCCCUGACCGGACAGAAGGAGCAAUCAACCGAACACAUAUCGUUUGUUAAUCAGCCGAGUGAUAUGAGGUCACUUAGACGCGAGAUUAUACGGAGGAUAGGUCAACGCUUCCCCAUGAUUACAGUAGAAAUGCCGAUGUAUGGAUCCCUAUUCCGAGAGGACAUUGUGGUGCAACCGUCUACUUCUCCUGAAAUUGAAAGAUAUCUGGAUGCUCAGUUCAGCAAAUACACUUCUACAAUUAUGAAAAUUCCUCCCAGCAUCGACUUUGACCGGGAACAUGUUUUACUUCAAAAACCUCAAUUAGGAAAGAAGUUUGACUAUCCGAUUUCUAUGGCUGUAAAAGACAGAAACGUGUUUUUGACGGCCCAUAAAAACGAAAUCCAAAGACUCAAAAUCUUCGCGGAGAAUCUUGUUAGAUCUGAGAUACUUGUGGAAGUCAUUUCGGACAUGGAUGAAGAAACCUAUUCGGCUGUUAUGAAGUCUUCUGAUUAUUUAGUUCCAAAAAAGUUCGAAAAGUUUGCCAAACCGGUUCAGUUUGAUAAAGGUUCCAUAGUAAUUAAAGGAAAUCAAGAAGCCCUCGCCGCGAUCAGUUAUCGAGUGGAACAGGUCAUCAAAUAUCAGUGUGAUCCUUUCAAGGACUCAAUCCCGAUUCCUGGAACUGUGGGUAACCUAUUGCAGAACAAUCUGAAUCAGGAUGAUCUUUUCGAGAAAGAGUUUGAGAAAUUUCCCUCGGUAACAGUAUUGUUUCAUGGUGGAAAGGGAAACGAGAUUCUUAUCAGUGGCCCAUCACCAACUGAAUUGAAUCAGUUUAAGGAGUGGUUUGAGAAUUCGUAUUUGUGCGAGUACCAGACUGAAACACGCCUAUUAGAUCGCUAUCAGACUGUUGUUGCAAAAAGAAUACUCCGAUCAGAUCUUGAAACUGGAUCUGCUCUCCUAUCCGCAAUCUCUGACGGUAGCACGAGUUUGGAGCUCUCCUUUCCCAAAGCAGCUGGGCGUGGACCCCUUAGUUGCCUUCGUCACAUCCAAAACAUGGUUAACAUUCCGUUCGCUAACCCGGUCAUAGGCCAAUACCUUAAAGUUAGUGGUCAGAACUUGAGUGGAAUUUUACGGACCAGCAAUCGAUUGAGUAACGUCAAUACUCAUUUAGAUCAUGAUGGCGUGAUUUUAUUCGGGGGAAAAUGGGAUGAUAGGAGGUUGAAAUCUGAUAAGAUAAAGAGUGCCUUUGAUGCCCUGAUUGUUGUGGAGGUACCCUUUCCUCAUCCAGUGUUCAGGAGAAUGAUUGUGGGGGAAGACGGUAGCGGAAUUAGGAAUUUUUCAAAAAAGCAUCCUGGUAUAUUCAGUUUUGUGGCGGAAGAUUCAUCGAAAAUAACGCUUGUAACGGAUGGGAAAAAGAAGGUGUCGGCGGAGAAAUUAGCUGAAACUCUUCAUGAGCGAAUAGGUGGAUUGGGAUAUAAGAUCUAUAGUAAAACAAGGGAUUCGGCUGUCCUUUUUCGUCUUGAUGAACCGGAACUUAAAAAUUAUUCUUACCAAAACAAGGUUUCUAUCCAAAAAGUACUCUCAUCCGACUCAGAAAUGGACUCAUGGCUUAUAUACGGUAAAAAAGAGGCUGUCCAGAAUUUUAUGAAGCUUGUCGAACGUAAGGAAGAAGAGGCUUACAAAGGAAAAAUAACAAGAAAUGUCCAAGUUACCAAAGAUUAUAACACUUGGCACAGCUUCGUGCUGUACGCAAGAGAACUCAACAGUAAAAACGGAAGAACAAAGUGUCUUUAUAACGAUAAUCUGAGGUCCCCUCCAGGUCAAAUAAGUAUGGUUGGACCACCUGCUGAAGUUGAAUCUGCUUUUGAAGACCUUCAAUCUCUUGAGCAGCAAAUCUUGAAACAGAGUCUUCAGGACGAUCCAGAACUUAUCUCUGAAAUAUCUGAUAUCUCACAAGACGAUCUGAGGAUUGCUGGUAACAUGAAGUUUACCUUUCCCAACACCAAGAUUUCCACCAAAGCGGAUAAAACAGGGCUGGUGGUUAGCAGCAGCAGUUCUGCCAGUUUGAGGCUGGCUGAGGAGUAUGUAAGGAGAUACUUCGGAGAUGCUGAAGAACUUAAAUUUUUCAUCAGUGAUAAGCAUUGGGUAUUUUUGAAAUCAAACUGGCCUGACGUUAAAGAUUUCUUGGAAAGGACCUGUUUGAAUAGAAAAGUGAGGUACAAAAGAGACCUACAAAACAGAUCUCUGUCGUUCUAUGGUCACCCAUCCAACACUACCAUGGCAAAGGAGAAUUUAGACAAAUAUUUCUUAACACAUCAUGGUAUCGGAGAUCUGUUACAGGCAGAUGAUGAGGAUAUAUGGGAAACUGUUGAAAUAGAUAAGAAUAAACUGGAAGCUAUCCUAGAUCCACACCUGGGUAACUUUCGGGCGACUUGUAACAACGUAAGCCUACAAACUCUCUUGGGUAAAAUGGGCUCAACAACAUCAUACAUAAGACUGAAAUCAGCCAACAAAACAUUUUUAAAAGAAGCGGCUGACAACCUGCGGAAAAUAGAAUCUGAAAUUUUUCUCAAUAACUAUGAGAUGAAUCAGUCGACUUAUUACCUUGUAAAAGUAAUUGAGAGGGCUUCACCGAACUAUAGCUGGCUCUUUCCCAAGAAAAGCAAACAGGUCCGUGUAACAUUAGACAAGAAUACGCCACAGUUUCACAUAGCUUACAAGUCAAAUGCUGACUUUGAAGAGGCGCAUUCAGAAUUGGUGAAGCACUUUGAAUCAUUGGAAUAUUUGGAAGAGAUACAAUUGCCCACAAAGAAGAUGGGUAAAGUUAUGACUGAAGUUAUUGAGUAUAUUGAUAUCCUUGAGAACAAAAACGAUGUGAAAGCAAUCAUAUCUGAAACCGAAAACAAAAUAAUUGUGUUCGGGAAGAAUUUUGAGGUUGAAAAGACUACAGAGAAAUUGUCAACGAUUCUGAAUUUAAGGGAUUGGGAAGUUUUCGAGGUGCAACUAGCUGGAUGUAACGAUGUAAAAACUGCAGUUCAGAUCAGGGCACAAAUACAGAAAAUCUUCCCAUAUUUGAUGGUGGACCAAAUACCAAACCAUGGUUACAAAGACACUGAGAGUGAUAUCACACUGAGAAUAUCAACGUUAGUUGAAAAGAUGAAGCAAUAUCCAGCAACCAAACAACAACUGAAUCAUUUUAUUAGCCAGUCGAAAGAGUUAGAUUGAACCCGAUAACUGUGGAGAAGAAACAUUUGUUGAGAAGUAAUACGUUUAUAUCAGCAAAACAAGCAAGGUUCACGCUUGAUUCACGAUGUCAAUCCUUCGCAGCUCGGCGUGGCCCAGUAGUGCAUAUCGCCGAUCUACCGAAGGUUGCGAGAAACGUUAUUUGAUGCGCGGCGCGGCCCAGUACUAGUAGUGCAUCGCGCUACAAGGUUCACGCCAGAUGUUCAUUGUUCAUUGAUUGUUCCUGUUUAAACUGAGAUGACCCUCCUUAAAUAACGGAAUUUUGUCAAUCGGAUUAGGAUUUUUAUUUAUUGUACAAACAUAAUAAGGAGUUUGUAUUUUGUGAAAUUUCAUCAACCUAAUCAUAUUGUUUUCAUAAAAUUAGUAGUUAUAGAAACGUCAUCCAAUUCCAGGAUGAUCAUGACAAACUCUGCCGUUUUACCCGAAUUAUCGUUCUAAAAUCGAAAACUUGUUUUCUUAAUGCUUAAAUUCUAAUU